ACUUCUGAUGAGAUUUCUGGAUUUUGCUGUUAAAAUGAUAUUUCUGUGUCUUGCUUUAACUAUUGUAUUUUUGGCAAAACCAUCUCACGGCGUUUCAUGCGACGCGAAAUGCCCGGAAGAAAAGGAUGUAGUUUGCGGCUUUGACGCGCUCGGGAAAACCUACAAAAUGUUCCCUGGCAAAUGUGCGAUGCAGCGGUAUAUUGCUUGCGAAAAAGUUGAACUGGUAACAACUCCAAUAUCGUAUUGUAUCAAGAAUGAACGUAGGAUGAGCAAGCGGCGGCACUACAUGGAUCAGUCGUGUCCUGUAUUCUGUCCACAACAUUACCGACCUGUGUGCGGCAUGUCCAAGUCUCGGGCCUAUGAGUAUAGGUCCUUCACUAAUGGCUGCCAGUUGGACAUGCUGAACUGCCGAGGGCAAGACGAGUAUUCUGGUUACAUGGAAGUCCCGUUGUCAUUUUGUCCUCGUCAUAUGUACAGAAACAUUUUUAAGGACAGGAUUAUAGCCAAUUAAAUAUGUUAAAUGCCUAGAAGAAAGAAGAAAGAAAAGACGUUUAUUAGCACAACAUACUUAUAACUAGCUUAAUCUAAUUGUACAUAAUAGUGGAUUGCGCUAAAAGGUCAUUACUCAGCUGGGUGUCUCGGCGUGAGCCACAUGGCCCAAUCCGCGACGCUGAUUUUCAGUAAGGACCAGGAGUAGGACUAAGACAGAAUGUCCUUUUUUCCUGUUGUAACAUAUUUGCCUAUUAAGGAGGAUAGCGGACGAUUAUCCAUAAUAACGUAUUCCUCUUUUUUCACAGUUGGAUAUGAAUAUCAAAUAAAUUGUUUUUAUACAA